AUGAACAGCUGCAAGUACAAUGGAGGCGUGGUCCGACCCCUGAGCAGCCUGAGCGCCUCCCAGCGCAACCUCCAUGAACUGGGAGCCGAGACCCAGCCCCUGCAGACCCUCCACAGCUCGGGCCUGGAGGUGGUGGUCUCCAAAACCGAGCAGGCCAAGGAUACAAGCUUGCAGGCGGAAGAGGCGGCGGCGGCGGCGCGCUCCCGGAGCCAGAAGAAGAACCAGAACGUUGGGUACCGGCUGGGCCACCGGCGGGCGCUCUUCGAGAAGCGCAAACGCCUGAGCGACUACGCCUUGAUCUUCGGGAUGUUCGGCAUCGUCGUCAUGGUGACGGAGACGGAGCUGUCCUGGGGAGUCUACACCAAGGAGUCUUCAUAUUCAUUUGCACUGAAAUGCCUUAUCAGCCUUUCAACCAUGAUACUUCUGGGCCUCAUCAUCAUGUACCAUGCCAGAGAAAUCCAGCUCUUCAUGGUGGACAACGGGGCGGACGACUGGAGAAUAGCCAUGACCUACAAGCGGAUCUUUUUCAUCAGCCUGGAGCUGAUCGUGUGCGCCAUCCACCCCAUCCCGGGCCAGUACCUCUUCACCUGGACGGCCCGGCUGGCCUUCACCUACACCACCUCGGUGGCCGACGCCGACGUGGACAUCAUCCUCUCCAUCCCCAUGUUCCUGCGGCUCUACCUGAUUGGGCGCGUCAUGCUGCUACACAGCAAACUGUUCACCGACGCCUCCUCCCGCAGCAUCGGCGCCCUCAACAAGAUCAACUUCAACACCCGCUUCAUCAUGAAAACCCUCAUGACCAUCUGCCCCGGCACCGUGUUGCUGGUCUUCAGCAUCUCCUCCUGGAUCAUUGCCGCCUGGACGGUCCGCGUGUGCGAGAGAUUUCUGUUGUCCCCGGUUCAGACCCAUCCGCAAAAUGUCAUGGCUAAACCGCUAAGAGGUUGUAUCAGGUAUCACGACAAACAGGAAGUGACCAGCAAUUUCCUGGGAGCGAUGUGGUUAAUUUCAAUCACGUUUCUCUCCAUCGGCUAUGGCGACAUGGUGCCGCACACCUAUUGCGGGAAGGGGGUGUGCCUGCUCACUGGAAUCAUGGGCGCUGGGUGUACGGCCCUGGUUGUCGCUGUGGUGGCCCGGAAGCUGGAACUCACCAAAGCUGAAAAACACGUGCACAAUUUUAUGAUGGACACACAGUUAACGAAGCGGGUGAAAAAUGCUGCUGCCAACGUACUCAGGGAAACUUGGCUCAUCUACAAACACACCAAGCUGGUGAAGAAGAUCGAUCAUGCCAAAGUUCGGAAACACCAGCGUAAGUUCCUCCAAGCCAUCCAUCAAUUGAGGAGUGUGAAAAUGGAGCAACGGAAACUGAAUGACCAGGCAAACACCCUGGUGGAUUUGGCAAAGACCCAGAACGUCAUGUACGACAUGAUCUCCGAGCUCCAAGAGCGCAACGAGGACCUGGAGAAACGCAUCAACACCCUGGAGAGCAAGAUCGACUCGCUGGGCCUCAGCCUGCACGCCCUGCCCGGACUCAUCAGCCAAGCCAUAAGCCAGCAGCAGCGAGAGCUGGCCAAGCGCUGCGCCCCCAGGUUCUGCCCCAUCUCCAACAGCUCCGAGAGGUCCUCGUGGACGCCCACGCGCCGGCGGAAGUCUCCUUCCACCGCUCCCCACACCUCGUCGGAGAGCGGGUGA